GUGAAGGUGCUAUUAAAAGUGUAGCAAAUAUUAUUAAUUCCAAGGGAUUCAGCGAAGUCCGUAGCGAAAUGGCUAAAUACAAUAAAGUUACUAUUGAAGAAAAUGGUAAAGAGCGUAAAGUAGUUUCACCGGGUCUCGCGAAUAGAAGAAAAUUUGAAGCUGAUAUGUUUGAUUCGAAAAUAAAAUCUUGUCCAAAGGUUUCGCAAAAUUGUAAUGGCGGUU